AUGGCGGCAAAGAGGAGGAACCAAAAUCAAAACGUGGAUACAUCAUCGAAAUCUAACAAUUCUGGAAGAAGUAGACUGACCCGACGAAAUGGUGGGAGAGAGACAGAGAAAGACAAUAUAAAGCAUGAAAGGAAUCACUCUUAUCUAGCUCUAGUUCUGGUUUUGGCUGUUGUCUGUGGAGUCCUUCAUAGGAACCACCUGAGUCACAUGUUUGAGAGUGACCGUCACUUUUCACACCUGUCAACACUGGAGAGAGAACUGGCCUUCAGGACAGAGAUGGGCCUGUAUUUCUCUUACUACAAGACGAUGAUCGAGUCAUCAUCGUUUUCGGAAGGACUUCACAAAGUUAUGAAUGACAACAUCACGGAAUACCCCCUGACGAUUAACACUCUGAAGCGGUUCAACCUCUACCCGGAGGUGGUGCUGGCAGCGGGUUAUCGGUUUUACGAGGCUGCCAAUGCAUACUUUGGUAGGCGCACCAAGAUUUGCUGGACAGUGAACAGGGGUGAGGGCUUGGAGCCAGUCCAGAGCUGUGAAGGCCUUGGAGAGCCAUCUUACUUCUACGUGGAAUCCGUGUUCCUGCUCAACGGCUGUAUGAUGGCGAUCUUCUUCCUCUUUGCUACUUACCUCAGUGGCUCUUUGUUUGGGGGCCUCCUUACUGUGGCGGCAUUCUUUUACAACCAUGGAGAGUGUACAAGAGUUCAGUGGACGCCUCCUCUACGAGAGAGCUUUGCUUAUCCUUUCUUCGUCGUGCAAAUGUUCAUUGUAACUUAUAUUAUCAGGUGUAGAGAGCCUGGUUACAAGUCCAGUCUGUCCCUGGCCCUGGCUAUCAUCUGCUUCAUGUUACCCUGGCAGUUUGCACAGUUUGCUUUGCUCAUCCAGACUCUGGCUGUGUUUGGAACGUAUGUCAUUGGAUACCUGUCAGCAAAGAAAACACUGGUCAUUCUGACAGGUCAACUGAUUGGUUUGGCUGUGAGUUUCAUCCUCCUGUUCGGUAACGAGAUGUUACUCACCUCAUUCUAUGCCUCCUGCCUUUUCACAGUUCUGGCCAUUGUUCUGCUGGAGCCAGUCAUACACAGAGCAGGCUUCCGUCUCAUCAUUUGGGUUGUUCAGGGAGUUCUAUUGGUCGGUGGAACACUGGGUCUCAAAUUCUCUCUCUCCAGGCUCCUUGGUGUGGCUGAUGAUGCUCAUAUUUCUGACAUUUUCCGCAGCAAGUUUAGUAACUUCCAGAAUUUCCACACCAUGCUGUACACCUGUGCUGCUGAGUUUGACUUCAUGGAUCCUUCAACCCUGGUAAAGCUCACCACAACCCUGCUUCUGCCUGCUGCUGUUGUGGUUGUUCUGACUGUUAUGGUGAAGGUCCUCCUGCAGGAAUACAGGCUUAUGAAGCAAGGGGAGGAAACUGAGACUGUCAAACUCAAUGGAUCUGGGGACUGUCCAGAUUACUCCUUAAAUCAUUCAAGACAGUAUGCUGAGGUUGUCUACCAUCUGCUGAUGACUGUAGCCUUCACGGCCAUGGCUCUGAUCAUUAUGAGACUUAAGCUGUUCUGGACACCUCAGCUGACUUUGAUCACAUCUCUCCUCGCCUCUCCACAAGUGUUUGGCUGGGUAGGGGGACGAGAACGACACUUUGCCCUAGUGUCUCUGAUCCUGGCGGGAAUGUCUGUGCAGGGGGUGAACCACCUGAGUUACCAGUGGGGCAUCUUGGGAGAGUUCAGUAACUACCCCAUGGAGGAGAUGGUGGAGUGGGUGAAAGCCAACACCCCGCAGAAUGCUGUAUUUGCUGGCCCCAUGCCAACCAUGGCAACCAUCAAACUGUCAACCAAUCGACCAAUCGUAAACCACCCACAUUACGAAGACGCCGGACUCCGAGAGAGAACAAAGAAGGUGUACUCUAUGUACAGCCGUAAGCCUGUAGAGGAAGUGAAGCAGAACCUUAUAGACUUACAAGUGGACUAUGCUAUUCUGGAGGAUUCGUGGUGCUUACGGAAAACCAGACCAGGGUGUGGCAUGCCUGAGAUCUGGGACAUAGAGGACAAGGUUAACAGAGGAGGCACGCCUACCUGCGUCCAGUUAAAAAAGGACCCAAAGCCACAUUUUAGGAGAGUUUUCAAGAACAACGUUUAUCAGAUUUUACAAGUACUCAAAUAAAUAUUACACAUUUUUUUUAUUUUUCAGGUUUUAACUUUCCAUCAUUUUUUUUUUUUUUUGAAUUGCAAGCUUGCAUUCCUUUCUGAUCUGCUUAUUGACCAUUUGUACAAUUCCAUACUUGGAUUCCAUCUUAAGCAAGUGCUCAAUUCUUGAUUUUCAGGUUGUACUUGUAUAAAAAAAAAACAAAAAAAAAACAUCAGUAUAAUAUUGUAGAGGACUAGUGUUUAGUACAUUUACUGUUAUCCCUCGUAUUUACCUGAAUGAAUGAACAAAUUAUUAUGAGAUUUAUUUGAAAUACCCUAAAUGACCUAAAAGUAUGUCCAGGAAAGAGCGUUUUUGGAGGCAAAUAAUGAGAUGGGAUACUACCUCUGGUGCUAAAAUUUACAUUUUCCCAGUAGGAUAUCACCCUCCAUUCCAGACACCUCUGAAAAGCGCCUUUCUAAAAUAAAUAGAACUCUCAGAAUCUGGAAAAAUGGGCAACUUUGUCAUGGAUGAAAUUUUAGGUCAUUGAGGGUAAUAUUAUUCUUAACCUAUUUCUCAUUGCUGCAAACGUUUCAAAUUACAAAUAAAUGAAAGUCAGCUUCAGGUCUAGUUGUUCAAAACUGUUUUAAGACUUAUUACCAGGUUUAACUUUAAGCCGAGUCCUCAAUUUUGUACUUGGCCCCAAAAUAAUUGCAUAACAGUAUUUUAAAUAUGAACUAUAUCUUCUGCUGUGAUAUGCUCUGACUUUGGACAGCUGCAAUGGCUGCUGAAUUUAGCUAAAAUUGUAAGAAUAAAAUACGGCUUAAUACUAGCAUUAGUUAAUACAGUUUUGAACAACUGGCUCCAGUCU